UGCUAUUCUUGUCAACCGGCGGUGAUGGUAACAAAUCGAUCUUGCUCGUCGAAGCUAACAGUCACGGCGGCGGCGGAGGUGGUGGCGUCGGCGGAGGCUGGGCUUCCUCGGCGUCUUCCAAUGUCGGGAUAGCCAUCAUCGUGACGGCCAUGGCCGGAAUUGCCUUGGCCGCCACCGUCGUCUACUCUCGUAGGUAACACCGAAAACCAAAAAACCAAAGCAAGAAAUUGAAAAUUGCAAUCGAUCUGAGCCGAUUUCCAAUUCAUGAAAGCCUAGAACACUGAGAAAAGUACUUCUUUUUCUUUUACCUUUGGAUUUUACUUUUUCUACUUUUUCCGUUUUGUUUCUUAGGGUUUAGAAUUAGGUAGAUACAUAGAUAGAUUGAAAUAGAUGAUUACGGAAGAGAAUCCUGUAAUGAGAGCCCUACGGCGAAGUCAAACUUCUUCACCGUCGUCAAAUUCAUCUUCAUCUUCACCGUCAUCGUCGUCAUCGUCAUCAUCGUCGUGGAUUCAUUUGAGAUCGGUUUUGUUAGUCGUUGCUUCAUCAUCAUCAUCGUCAUCGUCACCAUCGUCAUCACAGUCACAGUCACAGUCAUCAUCAUCAUCCUCACCAAUUCCCACUGAUCGGGGAACUCUUAAAUCACCUUGGUCACGUAAGAGAAGAAAACAUGCCCUUCUUCCCAAACAAUGGAAUAGGUUCUUUACACCAGAUGGAAGGCUCAGCGAUGGUGGAGCCAAGUUUCUGAAGAAAGUUCGCAGUGGAGGUAUUGAUCCAAGCAUUAGAAAAGAGGUUUGGCCGUUCCUUCUUGGAGUCUAUGACAUGAACAGUACUCAGGAAGAAAGGGAUUUGAUCAAAGAACAGAAAAGAAGAGAAUAUGGUAGCCUGCGGAAGCAGUGCAAGCAAAUUUUAAAACGCAGUGAAAAGAGCUUAAAGUCCAAGGAAACUUCUGGGAUCAGCAGCAAUGAGGGCAGUGGGGAUUUUAGUCAGGUUUUAGAUUCUUCUUGCUCAGAAGACAUGGCCAGUGCCAGUAGGUCCCCUUUGAUCUUUGGAAGAACAUUGACUGAGGAUCCAGAUCCCCCUAUCUGGGAUCAAGCCCUUCAAUCCCCUUCAUUAUUGGAAGAAGAUGGUGAUAAGAGUGGACUAACUUGUGAAGAUGCCUCUGCUGGUGAUACAGAGUCGUCUGAUUCUGACUCCUCAGAAGAACCUGAAGACAUGCAACCUUUACUUGCCACCAAGGGAAGUGAAGAAAAUUAUCUUGAUGAGCCUGCCAAGCAGAAUUCAUCUUCCACUGAUAUAGAAAACAAGUCUCCCUCCAACACUGAAAACAAGCCCAAACCAUUCAAUGCUGAAGACUUUGCCAAAUGGCAAAGAAUCAUCCGUCUUGAUGCUUUGCGGGCAAAUGAUGAAUGGAUUGCCUACUCGCCAUCACAGUCUGCAGUGUCAGAGAUCAAAGCUCACCAGUUAGCAGAUAGUGUCGGGUUGAAGGAAUAUGAUCACUUGGAGCCGUGCAGAGUUUUUCAUGCUGCACGCAUGGUUGCUAUCCUGGAAGCCUAUGCACUACAUGAUCCUGAGAUUGGUUACUGCCAGGGUAUGAGUGAUCUACUUGAUCCAAUAAUCACAGUGUUUGAGGAGGACCAUGAAGCCUUCUGGUGUUUCGUGGGUUUCAUGAAAAAAGCUCGGCAUAAUUUCCGACUUGAUGAGGUGGGAAUUCAGAGGCAGCUGAAAAUUGUUUCCAAGAUUAUCCAACGCAAGGAUAUUCAUCUCUACAGGCACCUGGAGAAGCUUAAAGCAGAGGAUUGCUUUUUUGUGUACAGAAUGGUGAUUGUUCUCUUCAGAAGGGAAUUAAGCUUUGAGCAGACACUAUGCCUCUGGGAGGUAAUAUGGGCUGAUCAGGCUGCGAUUAGAGCAGGGACUGCAAAGUCUACUUGGGGGAGAAUAAGGCUGAGAGCCCCUCCUAAUGAGGAUUUGUUGCUUUAUGCCAUAUCAGCCUGUGUGCUGCAAAAGAGGAAGCUGAUAAUAGAGAAGUACAGCUCCAUGGACGAAAUUAUGAGGGAGUGCAAUAGCAUGGCUGGCCGUCUCGAUGUUUGGAAGCUUCUAGAUGAUGCUCAUGAUUUGGUGGUCACCCUCCAUGACAAGAUUUAGGAAAACCCAUCUCCAAUGCUUAGGCCUUUUUUUCUUCAAUCUUCCUCGGAUUCCCUUUUCUUUUUUGACUUUUAAUUUGUUUGCUGCAACUAUGAACUAUCCCUUCAAAACAAAAGGGAUCUUUCAGGUUGCUUCACACUGCUUGAUACUAAAGUCUAAUGGGCAAUAUCUAUGAUCAGUAAAUUAUGGGAUUAUAAUGCAUGCCCGCACUCGGGGCUCAUUUGAGUGA